CAAACACGGAAGUGCCGCGACACGCAAACAUGGCGUAACUUCCGUCGUAUUACUUCCGGUGCGGUACUUCCGGUGUGUCAGUGUGUUUCCUGGGUGAGCUCAGUGCAGCCUCAAUCCUGCAGUACUACUGCGGUUGCUUUAAUUCCAAGAGUGUCAGAGUCCGUUCUUAGAGCAUUUCAGUAAAUCAUGAACAACGACAGGAAUCGGGUGGCUGAGCAGAUCUUGGAUCUAACCAUGGAGAUCAUCCACCUACUCACUGGAGAGGGUCCCAUGGUUGUGAAGGCCAGUAAUAAUGACUCAACUUGCAGCAAUCCACAUGUGUCAGAGGAGUUACAUAGGACCUUUAUCUCCAGCCCAGUCCUUCCACCUUGCUCCCUGAUCCAUGAAGGAAACAAUGAACAGAAGAUCCUGGAACUGACCAAUCAGAUCAUUGAGCUGCUGACUGGAGAGGUUCCUAUACGGUGUGAGGAUGUCACGGUAUAUUUCUCCAUGGAAGAGUGGGAGUUUAUAGAAGGACACAAGGAUCUCUACAAGGGCAUGAUAGUGGAGAACCACCAGUCACUGGAUAAAUCUGUACCUGAUGGAUUAUACAUUCCUGUUUCUUCAUCUGAUAUCCGAACCAAAGAACGUCUACAGAUAGAAUAUCCAUCUACUCCUAUUAAGGAGGAACCAGCCACAUGUGAAGAAGGAAAUCUCACAGACAUUUCUAAACCCACAGAACAUCCGCGAACAGAAUAUCCAACUACUCAUAUCAAGGAGGAACCAGCCUCAUGUGAAGAAGGAAAUCUCACAGACAUUUCUAAACCCACAGAACAUCCACGAACAGAAUAUCCAUCUACUCAUAUUAAGGAGGAACUAGCCUUGUGUGAAGAAGGCAAUCUCACAAACAAUCCACAGACAGAAUAUCCAUCUACUUAUAUUAAGGAGGAACCAGCCUGGUGUACACAAGGAAAUCUCACAGUUAUUUCUAUACCCACAGAACAUCCUCAGACAGAAUAUCUAUCCACUCAUAUUAAGGAGGAACCAGCCAUAUGUAAAGAAGAAAAUUUCACAGACAUUUCUACACCCACAGAACAUUCACAGACAGAAUACCUAUCUAUUCAUGUUAAGGAGGAAUCAGCCUUAUGUGAAGAAGGAAAUCUCAACGACCCAUCUACACCCCCAGAAUAUCCACACACAAAAUACCCAUCUACUCAUAUUAAGGAGGAACCAGUCUCAUGUGAAGAAAAUCUCAAUAUAUCCACACCCAGAGAACAUCCACAGACAUCUAUUCACAUUAAGGAGGAACCAACAUCAUAUGAAGAAGUAUAUCUUACGGACAUGCAUUUACCUUCAGAGCAUACACAAACAGAAAAAACAUAUUCUUGUCCUCAGUGUGGUAAAUGUUUUAAUCAGAAACCAUAUCUUCAAAAACAUAUAAAAACUCACACAGGUCAGAAGGCAUUUUCUUGUUCACAAUGCGGGAAAGGUUUCACAAGAAAAUCAUAUCUUGAUAAACAUCAGAAGGUUCGCGUAGAGGAUAAACCAUAUUUUUGUUCUAAAUGUGGAAAGAGUUUCCCCCAACAGUGUGCUUUUCUUGAGCAUAAAAUUAGUCAUAUAGGAGAGAAACCAUAUUCAUGUUCAGAGUGUGGAAAACGAUUUUUACGCAGAUCUGUUCUGGCAAUUCAUCAAAAUAUUCACACAGGAGUGAAACCAUAUUUUUGUUCUGAAUGUGGAAAACGGUUUAACCAAAAAUCUGAGCUUCGAAGUCAUCUAAGAAUUCACACAGGGGAGAAACCAUAUUCUUGUUUGGAGUGUGGGAAAUUUUUUAGACAUAAAACGGGUCUGCUUUCGCAUGAAAGAACGCACACAGGAGAUGAGCCUUAUUCUUGUUCCGAAUGUGGAAAACGGUUUACCCAUAAAGAGAAUUUUGCUGCACAUCAGAGAACUCACACAGGAGAGAAGCCAUACGCUUGCUCAGAAUGUGGGAAGUGUUUUGGCCAUCGAUCGGGUGUAAUCAAACAUGAAAGAAUUCAUACAAGAGCGAAAAAAAAAUCUGAUCUAAUUGACACGGAAGAGAAACCAUAUUCUUGUUCUGAAUGUGGGGAACGGUUUAUAAACCAGUCUUUUUUCAUUAAGCAUCAGCGGAUUCACACAGUAGAAGAGCCAUUUUUGUGUAUUAAAUGUGGGAAAUGUUUUGCAGAUAAGGACGCACUUGUCAGCCAUGAACUACUUCAUGAAGGUGAGAAACCAUAUUCCUGUGCGCAGUGUGGCAAAUGUUUUAGCCAUGAAAAGAAACUUGCCAGACAUGAGAAAAUCCACACAAGUGAGAAACCGUAUUCUUGUUCCGUGUGUGGAAAAUGUUACAUUGAUAAAACCACUCUUGUUAGACAUCAGAUAAUUCACACAGGCCAGAAACCAUAUUCCUGUUCUGAAUGUGGCAAAUGUUACCGUCAUAAAUCCACUCUUGUAAAUCAUGAAAAACGUCACACAGGUGAAAGACCAUAUUGUUGUUUUGAAUGUGGGAGACGUUUUUAUGAGAAGACUGUAUUUGUCUUACAUCAAAGAACCCACACAGGAGAGAGACCAUAUUCUUGCUCUGAGUGUGGGAAACAUUUUAGCUUUAAAGGAAGUCUUUUCAAACAUCGUCUUGUUCACUCAGAAAGAAAACCUAUUGCUCAGUGUGUAAAUGACUGAUUUUUAGAACAGUGACAAGAUCAUCGGUGAACCGACUACAUAUUAUAUUACUCCUUCACGACAGAUGAUGUACCAGGACUGUCUAGGCUUUGCCAAACAGCCUUUUUUGAAGGAAAUAAAUGGAGACACACAGGCCGUACGUUAAUAGUAUAAUAAAAUAUAGACUUGAGCUGGUCUUUAUCAUAGGAAUUCACAUACAUUUAGCCAUAAUGAUAUUAUGGAAUUGGCUGGGAUUACUAUGACAUCUUUAGUUGUGAAAAAAAUAGAAACGCAGGACCAUCCACAGUCUAAAGAUUCUUAUAUUGGAAACUUCCCACACAGUUUGACUUAGAAGUUCUGUGUACACCACGUUUUAGUUAUGUCAAAACGUUAACCUUGAGAAUGAACUUCUCUUCUUACGUAUGGAGCUUCUGCAGAUCUUGCUGCAAACCAUAGGACUUGUGGUGAUUCUGCCGCACUUAUAGAUUGUAUUGGAUUGUCAUAGCAGAAUCCUCUUAAACCUAAAACUUUAAAUGGUGUGAGAGUGCAAUGCAUGCGCACACCAUUUCCUUGGACAAGGAAAUCUAAAUUUACUCUGUCAAUGAAAACUAAAGAGGACUGGCUUUGGUAGCUGAGAAACGUUUGACAAACUCCAAGUACAGGUUCCCAGGACCACAACCACUGUGUUAUGCUGAAGUGGUUAUGGUACUUGGAAUGUCUCCUUAAAUUAAUUCAAAAACUCUGAUAUAUAUGAAGAGGAAUGUAUAAAAUGUAUUCAAAAUCUUUGUCGUAUACAUGGCUGAUAAAUGUGUUAAAAUAGACUUUACAAUAAAGUCUUUGUUGAUUUGCA